AUGGCUCAAUCAGGUUAUGGGUACGACCCAUUGCAUAGCUACCAUCCGCAAACCUCGUACGCGCAUCAGCCAUACCCUCCUUAUGCUACUCCUGUUCUUAGCUAUCCAAAUCCCGCGGUACGAACAGUUGUGCACAACGAACCGGCUCCUGGAGACCCAUAUAAUCCUCACAAUGCGAUUCCUGGACUGGGCCUAGGCUAUUCACAAAAUGCCAUGCAGUGGCAAGGUCCUUGGCCAAACCAGCAAGCCUCAUUUGGGCAAGGGCCACUUGCUACUACUGAAGCAAAUGGGCCAUCGCAGCAAACAGAUACAAGUGAGGAAGGGGAAGUUAGCGAAGGCGGGCUCGAGGAUGCUUACGAGCCAAGAGAUGCUGAGGUUUUACCCACUCCAUCAUAUAUGAAUAGAAGCGCACAAAAUGCUGCAGGGUUUGGCGAUGUUCCGCCAGCCUCCUUUCCUGCUAGUCGAGAGCGCUCGGGUUCAUAUUCUCCAUACCUCUCCCCUCAGGAAAUGGACCAUCCAGCUAUGACUACUUCUAUUCAUGAAGGUCAAUUGAACCAGAUCACUCCUCUGGCUUCGUCACAAACAUCUCCUAAAGCAAACGGAGCGAGUCACACCAUAUCCAAUUCACCCCAAGUCAAGAGCGUUGGUGCUACACGAAAACAAGCGCAAGAUGCCAUCCGACGGCUUUGGACAUUAAAUGUGCGAUAUCAGAAUUACCUUGACGAGGGGAUAGACGAGACACUAUUGGGUGGUCUCUUCGAGGAACUAGGAUUCGAGAGAGGCGCAUCAAGUAAUCCAAAGGCUACUCAAUCGAGCCGUGAAAGAGCAACAGCACCAGAGAUGAAGGCAAAGGAUGGGCUCGGGCGUACCGACAGCAUCCCACAACAAGCCGAAGUGGAAAAGAGUACUGAGAGUGCACCAGCAAAAGACGUAUCAGAAUCGCGCAAGGACCGUAUUGCGCGACUCCUCGCUGCGAAAAACUCCAAGUCGAAUACUGCAGCCGCAACCGCAUCUUCAUCGUCUACUCCUGCCCCUGUCCUUGCGCCCGCCUCGAAAAAACAGUCUGAGAAAUCAAAGCUUUUGCAUCAGAAGAUGGAAGCUUUACGAAAAGCUCGUGAACUCGAGGCGCGAGGCAGAAAGCGUUCCCACCCAGACGAGCUACCUCUUCAGAGUCGCCAAGCAAAUAACAACGUCGAUAAUCCUACAACCACCAGUUCCCACGAUGUGGCCGCCAAUGGUUCACAUCGAACCUCGCCAGAGCAUACGUCUGGUGAAACCCCAAGUCCCAAUGGACAGCUGCCUCCGCCAAUUCCUGGGCUUUUUCUGUCUUCUACGCCACAGCCCCCUCAUGCCAUACAAGUCUUGAAUCUAGAGCGUCCAGCUUCUACAAGCUUAGUCGACUCCAAUCCGAGGCCAUUUAAGCGCCCAUUUGGCCAUGCGAGAAGGCCUCGCCCGUUCCUUAUUGACGUUAGCGACGAUGAGGAUGAUGCCGAGAUGGAUCUCGAUUCUCCCGAGCAGAGAACAGUGCCCUUAGCUACGAAAGAGGCAGCACCGCCGCUACUGGAGACUACUCUUUCUUUUCGAAGCGCUCCAUCAUUUGGUGACAGUGUGGCAGCAGCUCAACAGUACUCGAGUCCCAUGGCAACACCUCCUGGUACCAGCAGCGACAACUCUGCAACAAGAGACAACUUGGAUAACAUGACUAAGAAGAUCGAAGCUAUGAAGAAAAGGAUCGCAGAGGCCGAGGCACGUAAGAAAGCAAAGCAAUCGCGAUUGGAUUCACCAGCUUUUCCAGCGCUCAACAAUGAAUCACCCAGCAGCAGUUUCGAGGCCGUUAUUCCGAGCCAGGAAAUAGUUGUUCCCAUACCCUCGACCAGCAUCGAACCCCAAGAACUCCCUCGUUCAACGCCCCCAUUGUCGAAUUCCUCUCCAAUGGCGCCAUCUCGAUCAUCCGAAGCGAGCCCUCAAAGUGGAAACGAACGCCGUAGUCGAUCAGUUGCGGCUAGUGAACGCCUUCCACUCAUUGAAGCUCGCCGCCGAGAGCAGCAGCUGAAGUUGAAGCUGUUGCGAGCUCAGGUUGAGAAUAUGCAGCGAGAAAUCCAAAAGACGAUGGAAGAAGAAGAAAAAUUGAGGAUUGAUGUCAAUGCGGACUCAGAUAGUGAAGAGACGCAUGAAGAGCAACCCCAGUCUCCAUCCAAGAUUUUGAGUUCUUCAUCACCAUUAACAGACGCAAUGGAUAUCGCGAGCAUGUCUUCUCAUAGCAAUAAUGCCGCCCGACAAAGCAGAGAAGCUACGCCACUCGAAAGAGAAGAGUCUCAAAAAGAGCAGCAGCCUGAUCUGCUCAUUGCUCACCAGGCAGAGCAUAAUCCAUUAGACGUUCAGUCUAAUACUGCAAUUGAAACCGUUGAUGCCGCUUUUCAUCCACUAGGCGUCGAGGUUAAUACGACAAUCGAAGCCGUUGAUGACGCUAAACAAGACGCCAUGCAAGAUGCUAUGUCGACACAAGACGAUGCCAUCGCCACAGCCACAGCAGUUGUGGAGGAAGCUCGAGAUAUGGUCAUGUCGGAAGCUGCAGAUUCCAGCAACCAUGCUUCUGAAGAAGAAUCCGACAGUUACGAGCCUCCAGAUGUUGAGCUAUCCAGCCACUCGAAAAAAUCGUCGCGGGCAUCAACACCGUUCAGUCCAGCGCCAGCUGGCUUGGAUUCGGUGCCCGACACAAGUACCAAUAACUUACAAGAUAGCACAACAGAUUUUAUCGCCGCACAGCAGAUCUCUACCGUGCAACCGGAUAUAGCUUCUGAAAGUGGAAGAGAAGUAGACGUUGCCCUGCACUUUGAUGGCCGAUCGACAUAUCUAAUAGGUAGCCAGGUUGACCCAGUAAGUGAGGCACGGAUGACACUAGUCUCUGAUGCCCCGAAGACGGCAUUUGUGCCUUAUGAGUCGCCCCUUCGAUACUUCCACGCAUAUCGCUUCCAUCCCGAGUAUUCUCAAUCCAUAUCCGGUGGCCUUCGCUCUUUAACAUACAGCAAUAAAAUAGACGUGAAGCAGGAGAUAUGCCCGGAUGAUUUAGCCAAUCAAAGCUGUCCAAGGGGUAGCAAAUGCGAGUAUCAACAUUUCGAGAAUAUGCAAGCUCCGGAUGAUCAAAUCCUACUUCAACUUGGCGCGCACGAGGAGUUUGGGGAGCAGGAGAAACAGCAGUAUAUCAACGGACUGCGCAAUCUCUUGACAGACUUUCGCAAUCGCAAGGUCAAAGACUUCCAAACAAUCAGCCAGGGUAUCAUUGACUACCGAGCCCAAUUUCUCGGAGACAGAAGCAAGAUCCUCCCCCUAGGCGGCGUUAAGAUUUAA